AUGGAAACGCCGACUCUGGACGAGGCCAUGAGCGACGCCCGCUUCGACGGCCUCUUCACGGCCGUUGCGCAGCAAGCUGGCGGGAUCGACGCCUUGUUGGGCUACUUCUUCGGGUUCCUCCAGAGAAAGACGGAUUUCUUCUCGGCAGGGAAGACACACUGCCGAGAGGCCGUGGACAGAGUCUUCGAGGAAGGCUGGAGGCGAGCGGAGGAAAAGAAGGAGAUGGAACGCAAGCACCAACGCGAGGCGGAGCAAGCGAGGAGGAAGCAGGAGGAAGCAAAGCGAAUGGCCGCGAGCGCGUCUUCGGCGUCAAGCAGCAGACCUAUCGGAGUGAACAAGAUCGAGGAGCUAACGGAGGAAGAGGAACGCGCCUUCAACCCGGACUAUAAGCCCCCAGCCUCAGCGUCUCAGGCGGGCACAGCUGCGCCGUCCGCGGAGGCCAAGCCGCACAAGAAGACAAACGAAGCUGGAAGUGGAGACGAAGAUGGAAGUGGAGACGAAGAUGGAGAGGAUAACGAACCCCCUCCUGAAGGAAAUGGCGGCAAGACAGAGAGAUACACCUGGACGCAAACGCUGGGCACCGUCGACGUGUACAUCCCCGUCCAAGAAGGGACGAAAGCCUCGCAGUGGGACGUGAAGAUCGGCGCGGGAACGCUGAAGGUUGGCAUGAGAGGUCAAACUCCUCUGAUCGACGGCAAACUGCACAUGAAGGUGAAGCCUGACGACUGCAUGUGGACCCUCGAGGACAAGAAAAUCAUUCACUUGAAUCUGGAGAAAGCAGACAGCAUGCGGUGGUGGGCUGGCGUCGUUCAAGGAGAUCCAGAAAUCGACACGAAGAAAAUCGUUCCAGAGAACUCGAAGCUGAGCGAUCUGGACGCAGAGACGCGGUCCACGGUGGAGAAGAUGAUGUACGACCAGCGCCAGAAGGCUGCGGGACUGCCGACGAGCGAUCAGCAGAGACAGGCGGAGCUCCUCGAGCGGUUCAAGCAGGCGCACCCUGAGAUGGACUUCUCGAAGGCAAACAUCAACUGGGGCAACUCGGGAUGGGGCAGCGGCGUGCCGAUGUGA